AGUUUCAUCUUGCAGCGGUGACGCACUGUGAGCUCACUUUGCCAGCUCAGUGUUUAUGAGAGAGAGAGCGAGAGAGAGAGAGGAUCCAGGGGGAACCUCGCGUACCGGCUUUGUGGUUUUUCAUCCAUCUUUCUUUCUUUUUAAAGUGCACCUGUCCUCUCUCCUCGGUCCUCGGUCCUCUGCCCUCUGCCCUCUGUCCCCUCCAGCCGACGAUGCUUCUUCUCUGAACUCUGAUUUCAUCUCCCGAUAAUUCACCAAACCGAUCUUAUGAACAUAGUGGAAUACGUUGAAGAAGAUGAGGAACCACCUUUGCUGCUCCGCUCUCGUCCUGCUCGCGGUGUUGGGCUGUGGUGAGGCAGCAGCAGUGCCGUGUCGAGAGGGGGAAGAAGGAUGUGUGUGUCUGCAGUGCCCCGCCGGACAAGAGCCCACCAGGGCUUGUGGGCGGAGUCAGAGGUCGGCGGAGGUCGUGCGGUGUCAGCCGUGUCCGUCCGGAAGCUUCUCGGCCGCGUUGGACUCUGAGCUCUGCCGCCCGCUCGGGGCCUGCAGGGUCCUCGGCCGGCAGGCUGCAGGCCCCGGGGCCGCCGGGUGUGGGGUCUGUCUGCCCGGGUUUCACUCCAACGCCGGAGAACGUUCCCCCCAAAGUCCGUGUGUGAAAACGGCCUCUCCUGUGCGGGCGGUGCGGACGGCGGGCCGGGCGUCGCCGAGCGGCGCGGCGGUCAACGGCUCGGCGGUGCGCAGCGCCGAGGAGAAGACGGCGGACUACGCCGUGUUCGCCCUGGUGCCCAUCUUCUGCAUCAUGGGCCUGCUGGGGAUCCUCAUCUGCAACAUCCUGCAGAAGAAGGGAUACCGCUGCUCCGCCGACAAAGAGGGAGGAGAAGAAGAAACCGCCACGCCGCAGAAAGAAGGACACACGUGUCCCUACGCGUCCGACGAGUUGAACGAAGACACCAUCAGCGUCCUGGUGCGCCUCAUCACGGAGAAGAAAGAGAACGCCGCGGCGCUGGAGGAGCUGCUGCUGGAGUACGAGAGCAAACAGAUGGCGGCGAGCAAAGGCUCGUCCAUCAGGUUCCCCAUGCUGUCUCCGCUGGCCCCCUUCCGGCCCCUCCCCCGGCUCUGCCCCCAUCAGUCCCACCUGCACACCAUCUCCGGCCUCUCGGGCCUGACCCCUAAGCACGGCCUGCGCUGCAGCCGCUGCGCCCAGAGGAAGUGGCCCGCCGUCCUCAUCCCGCCCCUGGACUCGCUGAAGACCCCCCAGACCCUGAUGCUGCCCUCCCUGGACCAGUCCCCGGACCAGCUGAGGAGGCCCCUGCUGGAGGGCGUGUUCCUCGACCACACGGACGCCGGCGUGCCAAAUAGUGUGCAGGACAAGACGGAAGAAGAGAAGGAGGAGAAGGAGGAGAGGGAGGGGAAGACGACGGUGUUGUCCGUGGGGAGGUUCCAGGUGGCUCAGAUCCUCGAACACAAGCCGGUCACCGUGACAACCAAAACAUCCCAGGUGCAACGCAGCUCCUUGUUCCACCCGUUCAGCUCGUCUUCAUCGUCUGGAGUCAGGAGGUGAAGAGGCGGAGAGAGAGAGAGAGAGAGAGACGGGUGUAGUCUAACACCACCUUGCUGAAUACGACCUCACUGACAACCGCACAGCUGGCAAAGGAACGGUGGAGCCACGAGGACUCGAGCCGGAGGACGCCGUCUCUAUUCAGCCAGAGGAACGUAGAACUGAGGAAUGUAGAACUGAGGAAUAUAGAUCUGAGGAAUAUAGAACUGAGAGGAAUAUAGAACUGAGAGAAUAUAGAACUGAGAGGAAUAUAGAACUGAGGAAUAUAGAACUAAGGAAUAUAGAACUGAGGAAUAUAGAACUGAGGAAUAUAGAACUGAGAGGAAUAUAGAUCUGAGGAAUAUAGAACUGAGAGGAAUAUAGAACUGAGGAAUAUAGAACUGAGAGGAAUAUAGAACUGAGGAUUAUAGAACUGAGGAAUAUAGAACUGAGGAAUAUAGAACUAAGGAAUAUAGAUCUGAGGAAUAUAGAACUGAGGAUUAUAGAACUGAGGAAUAUAGAUCUGAGGAAUAUAGAACUGAGGAAUAUAGAUCUGAGGAAUAUAGAACUGAGGAAUAUAGAUCUGCAUCUGUGGAACCAUAUUGUACUUCACAGAUGCAUCAGGCGUAACAUCAGAGACGUUCUCCUCCAAUCAGAGCAGAGCACAGCGUUGUGGUAACAGAUUGUCUGACGGAGGGCGGGAAAAAUGCAUCAUGUGCAUCAUAAAGUGCAUCCUCAGCCCCUAAAUCUGUGCUUCCAUGUACAAAAAAUAACAAAAAGCUCAAAUAGUGGACAUAAAGCUCCCCAAAACCACGUUAUCUGAGAUCAAGUGCCAUAAGAACUGAGACUACCGACGAUGGAUUUACCGGAAACAGCUAAUCUGGUAUUGACUGAAUUAAAAAAACACUAAGAGUUCAGUACUACAGGAAGUAUUAGAAGGAGAACGUGGGGAACGUUGAGUUCUCCGGUUCUUCUCCUCUCGAGGUGAGUGGAGAGUUUCAGAGGAUGAAUUUGAGGCAUUAUUAAUAAUAUUUGUAACCUAGACUAAAUCCAAGACGGGGAUCCGGGUCCCGACACGGUAUCACAUCAUAUGCAUCCCUCUGGCAGUUAGAGCCAUUUGGGGUCCCCGGCGUGAAGGACUCAGAAGGGUCGUGAUCUCUCAUGUAUAUUAAUGUUUAUAUGUAAAUAUGGGUGGGUAUAGAAAGACAGUUUUUUUAUUUUUUAUUCUAGCAUACAGUUUGUAUUGUCUGCACCAAUAAGUGACACUCGUAGUCCAUCAUUAAUUUAAAUAAACGUAAACUCACACCAUCGUGAAUAUUAGCGGAUUCUGGUUGAACUCAACAUAAUAUAAAUACUUUUUUAUUUUUCUGACAUUUGAGUGCAGAAUUUGUGUCUUAUUUAUAAAGCUGAACACACACAUGCAGCACACACACACAUCCAGAUAUUAAUCUCCAUAACUCCCACAUAUGCAUUUUGUUUUUACAGUUAAAUAAACCAGCAAGUGGCUUCGUGGUUGAGAAGUUUACGAUAUUUAUCCACUCGUGUUCAUAUUUCCUAUCAUGUUUCUUGUUAUGAUAAGAAUGGAUAUUUAUUGGUUGCAGCAGUUUCACAUUUUUCAUUUUAUUUGUUUCUUUUACUUUUAUUAGGAUUAUUAUUAUAAAAUGUUUUCAAGCUGAGGUGUUGACGGUAGAAAGAAAACAUUCAUCUCAUCGACUUUGUAGAGUUCAUUUAUAAUAUUUCAUUUUUUUCUGUAUGAUGUUUUUACUCCUGAAAUAAAGAAGAGUUGUAUUUUAAAA